CUUAUUCAAAAAAUUUCGAAAACAAAUAAAAUACCUAAUAUAAUUAUAAUGCAUAUAAUUACAUAAAAAAAAUUAAUUCAUAAUUUCUCAAUAUAUCAAAAAUAAGAAAUGCUUACGGUAAAAGUAUGGUGAUUGAUGAGUAAUAUAAAAGUUGUUAUAUUAAAUUAUAUAAAACUUAACACUCAAUUAUAUUAACAAAUGAUACAAGACCUAAUAUACUCAAUUAUACUAACAACAAUUGAAAGAUGUUAGAUACCACUAAUCCAAAUCAUCUCAUAAUAAAUUUUUUUUAUAUAUAUAUAUAUAUUCCUUUGCGUAAUAAAUAGUAGAAUUUACGUGGAGUAUGGGUUUUUUUAAACCUUUUAUGAUAAAUAUGGCAUAAUUAACUAUGGACACUUUAUAUGGCUUUUUUCAACUUUGGCAACAGUUUAUGGGAUUUUAAAGCCCAUACGGCUGGAACUAUUUUGCCAAAAGCCCAUAUUGUGUGUUUUGUAAUUUCUUUAGGUUAUUUUAGUCAUUUUAAGUGUUUAAAUUUUUUGGUACAGUUUUUUUUUAAGAAAACCGUUUAUUGUAGAGGGGUUUUUGCAUGUAAUGAUGGUGAUUUGAUGGUUGCUUCCCCAUUUUAACUUCCUUUUUCAGUUUUCAAGUAAGAUCUAUAAACCCAUUAUAUCACUUUAUCCCUCUCAUUUUUCACUCUCUCACCUGUUCGGCUUCAUUUUUCCCUCUCUCCUCCGUUCGGCUUCACUUCAUCUUCUUUGUUCUGGUUCUGGUUCUUAUUUUUUUUUUUUUUGCUUUUUGGCUACCGAUUUUGGGAGGAAAUCAGGCACAUUGCCAUACUUUCCAUCCACCUCUUCCUAACACAAUACAACAUUUUCAUUUCUCAGGAAAGAAAGCUCACCCGACACCAAGAACAACAACCAAGCCUAGCAUAGCCUAGCCGCCUCUGCUCUUCAUCUCCUUUCUUCCAUCAACCAAUUCUUGCUAAAUCAGGUAUCUCUCUCUCUCUCUCAUUUUCUGGUUGGGGACGACCCAAAACUAAGUAUAGCCUAUGUUUGGUAUGUAUUUUAAAUUUUUUUGAGUGGGGUUUUGAGUUUACCGUGGGUUACCCUUACCUUUACAUAGCAACAAAAUUAACAUCUCAUCUCCGAAAAUGAUGUGUUUUAUUUAGCUUGGAAAAUCAUCAUCUCUCCAAAACUUAGCUUGGUAAAGCCCUAGCCGUUCUCCACUUCAGUUGUUCCCUUCCUCUUCACUUCACUGAACCAGGUAUCUCUCUUUCUCUCUCUCAUUUUCUGGUUGUGUGAGUUAAUUGGGGAUGAAGAUUUUGGGAAGGGAUUGGAGGUUUGCUGGCAGGUAGUGUUGGCUUUGAGGAGUUGUUUGUGGAAUCAGAGAUUGGAGUUUCAGCCAUCUUAAUUUCUGUGUUUUUCUAUGUUUUUUUUUUCUAUUCUCCAUUAACAUAUUCACAAGAGUAUGUAUGUAUAUACUAUAUAUAUAAUAUCUGAAUUUAUUUAUGUAUAAAUAUUUAUGUAAUGUGUUAAAAUUAAAAUCCAUGCAGUAAGAUCAAUAUUGACUUUAUUUUGAAUUUGUAUGAACUAUAGCUCAUCAGUUGCAAAUGGUAUAUCUUUUUAGUUCAAAUUUUCUUUGAUAUAAACUCUUUUUUCUUCUUUUGAGUUUAUUUCUAAUUUUAGUGUUGAAAUUGUUUUUACAGUGUUAUUAUCUCAAUUGGGUUGUCCAAGCUUAUCAGGUACAAUAGUCUUCCACUUCUAAUUUUAUUUGUUUGACUUUGGAUUCAAUGAUAAGUUUAUGUGUAUGUACUGUUAUUGUUUGCCUUCAGUUCCUUUUCUAAUUUUUUUGUGUCAUGUUUUUACUUUAUUGUUUGCUUUUAGUUCCUGAAUAGUUUCUGCUUAUGUGAGUCCAGUCUAUCUUUUGAUCACUGUCAGUCUUUAUAUGUCAUAGAUAGUUUGUUUUCAUAUGGUUGCUUUGCCAGACUCUAACUGCAGCUUUAUUUUUCUCUCAUAAGACCUUGAGGAUCAUAAUUAUUAAUUUUGUAUUUCAACAAUACUAAUUAACAUCACAUACAGGGUAUGUCAAGAAAUAUAUCCUAUUUACUUCUUCUCCCUUAGCUACCUUUUCUUUUCUCUUUAGAGCCAAAUACACGUUUAAAGGAAUCAAACUAAGAAACUGGUUUUCUUAUUUUUUUUGUUUUGUUUUUAUUUAUUUUAAAAUUAUAAUGUGUUUGUUUCACUAUAUAUUUCAGAAACCGGUUUCCAACAUGACUGUAUAUUUGUUUAUUUUUAACAGGUAAUAUCAUUUUUGAAAACUGUUUGUUACAAUUUAUAAUGUAUUUAGAAACCGGUUUUUGUUUUUUUUUGUUUUAAAAUUAUAUGUGUUUGUUUCCCUAUAUAUUUCAGAAACUGGUUUCCAACAUUACUUUAUAUUUUGUUUAUGUUACAAUCAAACUAAGGUGAUCCUUUGUCUUAAUUAUUAUGAGAAGAAAAAAUCAAAACUAGUUUUCAGCUUCUAUACAGUUAAUUACAAGUUUCAUGUAAGAGACUGGUAAAUUUGUUAGUAGCAACUCAGUAUCUGUUUUCAUGUAGUUUGAUUAGUUUUGGAAUUGUGGUCAUAAUUGCUUUCUUUAGACAUGGUUAUGUAAAAUUCAACUUUAAAAUGAAAGGUCCUUUUUCAUAAGGAAAGUGCUUUUUAACUGUAAAAGUUGAAUCUGCUUUAAUGUCGAAUUGUCAAUGGACUGUGCAGUUUGUAUGAGUAGAUAUUCAAGCCUAGCAAGUUGACAUCACAUGCAGAUUUCCAUUUGUUCAUGUUUAAUCCAAAAAUAUAAAUAUUAUAUAUACACACUUUAUGCUUUGAUUAUGAAUUCGUGUGGGUAUUUGAUUCUACUAUCAUUAAUAUUAUAUUAAAUUCUAUUUGAUCAUUCCUAUUUUGGAAACAUGUCAAAAACCAGUUUUUACAGAUUGAUUUGUGUUAUUUGUGCGCUCUGUGAUUUUUGGUGUCUGGGUGGUUUUAAGGUUAAGGUUGAGGUGUGUUAUUGUUAGUUUGUAUGAAACUGGUUUUCAUGUUAAUUAUCAUGACUGUUUUUGUUGUUUUGUGGCUUAUGUUUAUUUUGUGUUUUUUUUUUUAUCAGAUGGAGAGAGAAUCAGAUGAUAAAGUACCAUCUAAUGUUCAAAAGGUUGAGCCUUCUAAGAAGGCUAAAGGUCGACUGAAAAAAGAUUCACAGAAAGGCAAAGUUGAUCAUGUUAUGGAACCUUCGAAAGCUCCACCAUUAAGAAGAUCUCCAAGGAAAUCUAAUGUUGAUAUUGAAUUGCCUAAAGCCGAUGUUGUUUCUCAGAAACACGGUUGUAAAAAGGUGAGUAAGAAGGAUACGAAUGUCCUUCCAUCUGCGAGUGAUGAUGAUUUUGAAACCGAAAAAAUUGUCGCAAAACCUGUUUCAACUAAGAAAAGAAAAGCUGUUUCUGAUGACGCUAGUGCGUCAAAGAAAAGAAAAUCAAAGAAUGUUGGGGAACAUUCUAACUUGGAUAAAGUUUGUGAGCCUAGGGUUGCUGAUGAUCCGAAGGUUGUUAAUGUUGCCAAGAAAGGCAAGAAGAAACCAGUUUCAAAAUCGCUCGGCAAGAAGAAGAGCGAGGCUCCUUCCGUUGAUAUUCCUUUGGAAUAUUAUUUUAAAAUUGAUGUGAAGAAGAGGUUUGCUGGGAAACCUCAACUCUACAAUCCGUAUAAUGUCAUUGAUGAUAUCAACGAGAACCUGUCAGAUGAACAGAAGGAGUUGUUUCGCAAGUCUCCAUUUGGGCAUUUUCUUGAUGUGAGCAACUUCAACUAUCAGAUACAGCUGAUUCAUCUCGUUCUGUUGCGGCAGAUUCACACCGAAAGAGAUGAUGUUGAGCUUUGGUUCAAACUAGGAGACAAGGCUGUUCGUUUUGGAGUUGAAGAGUUUUCCACAAUAACUGGUUUGGAUUGUACUAAAUCCUAUGACGUUGAUCUCUUCAAAUCAAAGAAGUUGCUUGCAUACAAGGAGGCUAUUUUUUGCAUGCACGGGCUUACUGAGAAGCUUACGGUGAAGGAAGUUGCUAGUGUCUUCUUCAGUGGUGCUUUGAAAGACGACGAAGAUUAUGUGAAGAUAGCCCUUGUAUACUUCUUCGCUGGUUAUUUGUAUGGUUAUCCCCAAGGGAAAAAGAUUGACAACUUCAUCUUUGCUAUGGUUAAUGGGGAUGAUUACAUUGAAGUUUUUAAUCGGUUUGGAUGGGGUAAAUUAUUGUGGGAGAAGACUUUUCAUCACUUGAAGAUUGCAUUAAAAGAUGGGAACAACACCUUUGAACAGCUAGCUAAGAAGAAGAUGAUUGAGAAGGGUUACAAGCUUAAAGGCUUUCCUAUUGCGUUUCUUAUUUGGCUGUACGAGAUUAUCCCGUCUUUGUCUCCUCGAUUUCGCAAUAGAGUCAGCAACAAGAUUCCUCGCGUUCUGAAUUGGGAGAAUAGCCCUACAACAGAGUUUAGUGAGUUGAUUCAGGCUGUGUUCAAUAAUCCGAAGGUAUUUUUUUUUUUUUCAAAUUUUAUUUUUUGGUUAUUGUUUGUUUUAUUUUUCUUUGAUUUUUUUAAUUUGUUUUGUGUUUUUAUGUUUCCAGAUUGUUGUAAAGGAUUUUGUUGCUUCAAGUGGUGA